AUAUUGCCGUGUGCAAUCAUGCCAAAGCACAAGCAAUAUAGUCACAAGUAUCGGCGAACAAUUUCGCAGCAUGCAGUAAGAGAAAUAAGAAAUAAUCUACAAGCUCACAAAAGCGAAAUGGUAUAUUUGGUCGAAAAUUACGACAACCACUUUCUGGAAGUAAAUAAUGAUCAAACAGACUCUAUCUCGGAAACCGCACCAGAUGAAAUAAUCCAAGAGAUUGUGCAAGAGAAAAUUAUCCCGGAAAUCAUACAGGAAGCAAUAGUCGAAGACCAAAUUAUAUCGCCCGACGAAUACGAUAGUGAUUCUUUGUCGGAAUCAGACAAUGAACAUAAUAGUAUAAAUAUUGAUCGAUUGCAAAAAAAUCUGGUCAAGUGGAGCCAUGAUAAUAAGAUCUGUAGAUCUGCUGUGACCAGUCUAUUGAAAGUUUUAAAAAUAGAAAAGGCUAUGCAAUCCUUUCCAUGAGACUCACGAACAUUCUUAAGAACUCCAAGAAAGGCAGAAAGUAUACCAAUGAAACACGGUCGAUAUACUCAUUUUGGUAUUACCAAAAGCCUACAUCACAUUAUAGAAACAAAUGGUACCGGUACAUGUAUACCUGAAGAAAUUCGUUUAUCCAUUAACAUAGAUGGACUACCUCUUACCAAAAGUUCAAAGAGUCAAUUAUGGCCAAUUCUUGGAAGUUUUAGAAAUUUUCAAAACAAAACGCCAUUUCUCAUUGGCGUUUUUCAUGGAUAUCAAAAGCCUCCAGCUGCUGCAGUAUUUUUAAAAAAUUUUAUUGAAGAAGCAGUAGGCCUUAUAGAAAAUGGCUAUAUCCAUGAUGGUAUUAAAAUUUAUUAUUGAUUGUUUCAUAUGUGAUGCUCCUGCGAGAGCGUAUAUUUGUUGUAUUAAAAACCACGGAGGAUAUUAUGCAUGUAGUAAGUGUGAAACCAAAGGCAUGUAUAAUAAGGGAAAAGUGGUAUAUCCAGAAAUAAACGCUCAGCGUUAACCGAACAUCACUUUCCAAAUUGAAGAAAAUGUGACUUUGAGUACAUAACAUUCUUAUUAAAACAAUUAUUAAUAUUUAAUUUAAGCAAAUUUUAAGUAUACGUACAUUAUGUUCAAAUUUUAAUACGUUUGUUCUAUGUCAGAUAUGUUGUGGGAUAAAAUGGAUAAUUUAAGUAAAGAAGUUCAUGAAUUUAAAAUUGAAAGCAAACAACAAUAUAAUAAGUGUAUGUCAAAAAUGAAGGAACUAAUCGCAAUCUUAAAAGAGAAAUUCCCAAAUAACGAGAUCGAAAACGAAAACAAUGAUUUAAUAUUGCUCAUUGUUGCCCGAUUUCCCAUUAUUAUCUAUAGAAGAAUUUUGGGAAUUUUGGGAAUUUAAUAAUAGAUUAAAAACGAUGAAGCAAUUCGUAAAUUACUUAAGCAAACUAUUAUGCAAAUAAGUGAUGAUACAAGCCAAAAAAUGAUCUCCAAUAUCUUGACACAUACAAUGGCAUAAGAAUUAGGACACAAAAUGUCUUGGACCGGUGCCAAAGGAUCGAUUGCUAUCAAAGAUACUCUGUUUAUUCACAUUAUAAUUAGUGAGUAAUUAAUAUAUGUUUUUACAUUAAAACAGUUUGAUAUAUGCUAACAUGAUUAUUAUGAGGGAUAUAAUAAUGCGUGCAUCUUUGUAAUAACAUAUUAAGAACAAUGUAUCACUGAAGAAGAGUAAACAAUACUUAAUUUCUAUCUAUUUUUA